AUCUCUCCCAUAGCCAGAGGUAAACAAACUGGUACUGCACUUCCUGAUUGAGUCACUUCCUUCCCAGUGCCCAGGACAACAAUAACGUACUGCCAAGUGGUGGUGAUGGUGGUGGCAGGGGCGACCCUGGCCUUCAAGACACUCAAGCACACCAGGGUCUUCCACCAGAUGACAGGACAUCUCGCCAGAAUCUCACUAGUUAACUGUCAGCUGCCAGCACUGUCGGGGCACUAUAAAAAGUGGUGACAGCAUAGAGGUGCUGCAGAGACAGCGAUGUGAUGGGACUCAGCUGGCAAUGUGGCUGCUCCUCAUUGCUGAGUUGUGUCCUGGUGGGAAUGGGGGUGAGUGUGCUGCUGCGGUACCGGCAUGUGGUGUCCAGGCGGCUGCUGUUGUGGAGGGUGGCCAGGAUGGUGCGGUUGUGCAGGAGGCGUGUGUAUGUGGUGCAGAGUGAGGAGGAUUGGAGGAAAGUUCUGCCAUUUAUACAAAGGGAGAUGCAAGGUCAAGGGGUGCUAGGGGUGGACUGUGAGUGGGUGGACGCUAGUGGGCGGCGGCGACCAGUGGCCCUCCUGCAGCUGGCCACCUCCUCUGGGACAUGCGUGUUGGUGCGCCUCCAGGCCUUCACUCGACCCCUCCCUGAGUCCCUGCAGAGUCUUCUUGGAGGUGUGUCCAUCAUUAAGGCUGGUGUUGGCAUAGAUCAAGACAGGAGGUUCUUGGAGACAGACUAUGGCCUCCUGGUUCAGGGUUGUGUCGAUCUACGUCAUGUAGUGUUAUGCUGCCCCAAGUCUAAUGUUGCAGGCAACACCACAGGGAACAGCACACCAAGCCUGGGCUUGGCAGCGCUGGCACUCAGGUUCCUGGGCCGCACACUGGACAAGGACUGGCGGGUGCGGGCAAGUGACUGGGAGGCUGAGACUCUCACUAGGAGGCAGCAAAGUUAUGCAGCAGAAGAUGCCCUGGCUGGUGUGCAGGUGCUGUUGGUGGCAUGCAGCAGAAUGUGGCAGUGUGGUGAGGUGGCAGGGAUGUGGUGGCUGCCCUGGCUGCCUCCAUCACUCUUCCACCACCACCUGAUGGCACACAUCCACCAGACCUGCCACCACUUUCUGGACCUCAAGUUCUCUACCUCAGCCUCAAAGUUACUUCGGCUCGGUGAAGGUUGUGCCAGCCAGCACCAAGUGGCAGCCAAGGUUAGUAAGACCAGUCGGGCAUACUGCCCCCGCAAGACUCCUCUGUACCACAACUGCCAGCUGUUGGCCCCUGAUGGCAUGCCGCUGUGCACCUGUGACCCCAAGAAGGCACGGUGGUAUGUGGAGAAAGGCCUUGGGGUAGUGGUGCACCAGCAGCCACUGGUGGUGCGCCUCAACUUUGAGCCGGCCGGCAGACCUCGAGAGGAGUAUGAGGACGAGCGAUACUACGUGCAGGAGCGGCACAACCUAUGUGUGGUGUGUGGCCAGGGCCACUCCUACAUCAAGAAGAAUGUGGUACCACAUGAGUACCGCAGGCACUUCCCAACCAUCCUCAAGGAUCACCAGAGCCAUGAUGUGGUACUGCUGUGUGUGCAGUGCCACCGGGUCAGCAGUGCCCAUGAUGCCACCCUCAGGGAGGUGCUGGCUGGAGAAUGCAGUGCUCCUAUUGGCGGGGCAGGCAACCGCCGGGUGACAAUGGACACCCAGCGCAGGAAUGUGAAAAAUGCUGCUGGGGCACUGCUCAGGUCACGCUCCACCAUUCCCCAACCAAGAAUCACUGAACUAGAGAAUGUUGUGAAAAAUUUCUUUAAUGUUGAUUCCCUAAACCAUGAACUCCUGCAGGAGGCGGCCGACAUUGAUGCCAGGGACUGGAACGAGGACUUCCAGGCUCAUGGGGAGCAAGUGUGUGAGAAGUACCGCAGAAAAGGACUCGUGCAGCUGCAGCAUAGGUGGCGCAGGCAUUUCCUGGAUACCAUGCAGCCAAAACACUUGCCACAGUACUGGUCUGUCAGUCACAACCUCCACAAGCUGUGUUCCACCAUGGCCAGACUGCCCAGCUGCCACCCAGAUUAUGACACCUACAGGUUGAUACUGCUUGGCACGGACGGCAAUGAGGAGGUUCAGCGCUUGAUUAAACAGUGUAAGGAGGCCAAUGUGGAGGAUAAUUGUAAUGACUUUGUUUACUGACCCUUCCAUUGUGAUAUCCAGUAAUUGAUUACACUAGAGGCAUAAUGUGAAAUCUUUUAGAAGUAUUAAGAGGAAUGAAAAAAGGGAUUAAAAGAGCUUUCUAGUGCCUUACUUGUAUAAUAUCUAAACAUGACUGUAAAAUAAAAGGAAAUAUCUGGCAAUGGCUUGUGCUGAAAGGAAGAUGUGCCAAGUAGCAGUCAAAGGCCUAAGAAUUGCACUGGAAAGGUGAACAUCUUGUCACACUGAUGGACAGACGAAUAAUACAAAACUCAUUAACAAACAUGUAAGGAAUGACAAAUAAACAAUAAUUAAGCUAA